AUGAAUGCCCUCAUGUCUCCCAACAAUGUGACUGAAUUUGUUCUCUUGGGACUCACACAGAACCCACACUUGCAGAAAAUACUCUUCAUUGUCUUUUUGUUCAUUUUGCUAUUUACUGUGCUGGCCAAUCUGCUCAUUGGCAUUACCAUCUCCCUCAGCCCCAGCCUUUCUGCUCCCAUGUACUACUUUCUCACUCAUGUGUCCAUCAUAGAUGCCUCCUUCACCUCUGUCACCACCCCCAAGUUGAUCAUUGAUCUGCUGUACCAGAGGAGAACCAUCUCCUGGGGUGCCUACCUGACUCAGCUCUUUGUGGAGCACUUCUUGGGAGGAUCAGAGGUCAUCAUCCUCACUGUCAUGGCCUAUGACCACUAUGUGGCCAUCUGCAAGCCUCUGCACUACACAACCAUCAUGAGACAGGGGCUCUGCCAGCUCCUGGUGGUGGUGGCCUGGAUGGGGGGAAUCCUACACACCACUGUGCAGAUACUUUUCAUGUUGGACUUGACCUUCUGUGGUCCCAAUGUCAUUGACCACUUCAUGUGUGAUUUCUUCUCACUGUUGGAACUUGCCUGCAGUGACACCUACUGGCUUGGAAUCGUGGUAGCGGCUAACAGUGGGGUCAUGUGCUUGCUCAUUUUUCUCAUGCUACUCAUCUCCUACAUAGUCAUCCUGAGCUCCCUGAAAUCCCAUGGUUCUGAAGGACGACGCAAAGCCCUCUCUACAUGUGGAUCCCACUUUACAGUAGCGAUACUGUAUUUUGGUCCUGGUAUAUUCACCUACAUGCGUCCUGUGGGCACUUACCCUGUGAACAAGUGGGUGACUGUGUUCUUUUCAAUUCUCAACCCCAUGUUAAAUCCUAUUGUUUACACAGUGAGAAACACAGAGGUGAAAAGUGCCAUGAGGAGUUUGUUGAAGAGAAGUGUAACUUAG